AUGAGCCUGGCUGGGAGAGCCGGACGAGCCUGGACUCGAGAAUGGCUGCGGAAUUCCAGCAGUCAUGGUCUCAACCACAACGCAUCUACAUCUAGAUGGUCUCUGCUUCUGCGCACGACAGCUCCGUGCCGGCAUCGCAACUACGCCUCGCAGACGAAGCCGACGCCUGCGCAGCUCGAGGCGCGGAUAGCCGCGAUUCCCAUUGAGCGGUACAGAAACUUUUGCAUCGUGGCGCACAUUGACCAUGGCAAGAGCACGCUGAGCGACCGGCUGCUGGAGCUGACGGGCACCAUCUCGGCCAGCGAUGCGAAUAAGCAGAUUCUUGACAAACUCGACGUCGAACGCGAGCGAGGAAUCACAGUGAAAGCACAGACGUGCACCAUGAUAUACAAGCACAAUGGCGAAGAUUACCUGCUGCAUCUCGUCGACACGCCAGGCCACGUCGAUUUCCGCGCCGAGGUCACCCGUUCAUACGCCAGCUGCGGCGGCGCUCUGCUGCUGAUCGACGCCAGCCAGGGCAUCCAGGCGCAGACGGUGUCCAACUUUCACCUGGCCUUUGCGCAGGAUCUGGCGCUUGUCCCCGUCAUCAACAAGAUCGACAUGCCGUCGGCCGAUGUGCCCCGCGUUCUGGACCAGAUGGAGACGAGCUUUGAGUUGGAUCCUAAAAAGGCUGUGUUGGUGAGCGCAAAGACGGGUAAAGGCGUUGGUGCUCUUCUGCCGGCGGUGGUGGAGGGGAUUCCGCACCCUGUUGGCGAUGAGAAUAAGCCGUUGAAGAUGCUCCUGGUUGAUUCUUGGUACGACACUUUCAAGGGCGUGGUUCUGCUAGUGAGGCUGUUUGAUGGAUCUAUCAAGACGGGAGACAAUGUCGUGUCACUGGGCACAGGCAUGAAGUACACGGUUGGCCAGGUCGGUUAUGUGUACUUUAAUCCGGGCAUGAAACGGAUUCAAGACGCCAAGCUGGGCGACACUUUCACCACGGUUGGGGACGAAGAUAUCGUCGAGCCUUGUCCAGGCUUUGAGGAGCCCAAGCCCAUGGUGUUUGUUGCGGCGUUUCCUACGGACCAGAGUGACUACACUCGUCUCGCUGACAGCAUCAACCAGCUUGUGCUCAAUGAUCGCAGUGUGACGCUGCAAAAGGACUUUUCCGAGGCUCUUGGAUCGGGGUGGCGUCUUGGAUUUUUGGGCAGUCUUCAUUGCUCGGUAUUCCAAGAUCGGUUGAGACAGGAGCAUGGCAAGAGCAUUAUAAUCACGGAACCUACCGUGCCUACCAAGAUUGUGUAUGCCGACGAGUCAGAGGAGGUUGUGCAGAACCCAGCCUUGUUUCCAGAUUCGAGCGAUCACCGGAUUAGAGCUGCCACAUUAUACGAGCCCUAUGUGAAAGCGACAAUCACGGUUCCUGAAGAGUACCUCGGCCGCGUCAUUGAGCUUUGCGAGGGCAAUCGCGGAGAGCAAAAGAGCCUAGAGUUUUUCCACACCGACCAGGUUAUUCUCUCAUACGACAUUCCCGCCUCACAGUUGGUCGAUGAUUUGUUUGGAAAACUCAAAGGCGUCUCAAAAGGUUAUGCGACUCUUGAUUACGAGGACGCAGGGUGGCGCCAGAGCAAAUUGGUGAAGCUCCAGCUACUUGUUAAUCGACAGCCCGUCGACGCCAUUUGCCGAGUGAUACAUUCGACGCAGGUUGACCGCCUGGGACGCCAAUGGGUCACUAAGUUCAAAGAGCAUGUCGAUCGACAAAUGUUCGAGGUCGUUAUUCAAGCCGUUGUGGGCAACAAGGUUAUUGCUCGAGAAACCAUCAAACCUUUCCGAAAAGACGUCCUCGCAAAGCUCCACGCGAGUGAUAUUACUAGACGCAGAAAACUGCUAGAGAAGCAGAAGGAGGGAAGAAAGAGAUUGAGGGCAGUGGGCAACGUGGUGAUUGAUCAAUCAGCAUUCCAGAGCUUCUUGUCAAAAUAG